AAACCGGAAAAGGGGAGCGAUAAUUAGAUUUCCGGUUAUUGUAGUGGAGCUAACGAAAGUCACUAUGGAGCCGUUGGACGUUUUGAUCUCGAUUGUGAUGGUGUGCUUCGGCGUGUAUUUGUUGAUCGACAAACGAUUCCAAUACUGGACCGAUCGUAAUGUACCACAAUCGAAGCCAGAAUUAGUGUACGGCAAUGUUCGCGAGGUGAGCCGUACGAUUCAUCUGGCGGACAAGUUUCGAGAGAUUUACAACGAGCUGAAGGGACGCCAUCCUUUGGUGGGAGUCUAUCUGUUCUUCAAGCCGGUAGCAUUGAUCACCGAUCUGGAGCUGUUGAAAUGUGUAUUUGUGAAGGAUUUCCAAUAUUUUCACGAUCGGGGCACGUAUUACAACGAAAAGCAUGACCCACUAACAGCCCAUCUGUUCAAUAUUGAGGGUCAAAAGUGGAAAAACCUCCGAAACAAACUCUCGCCGACGUUCACGUCCGGCAAGAUGAAGAUGAUGUUCUCAACGAUCAUCGCCGCGGGAAAACAGUUUAAGGACUUCAUGGAGGAAACGGUUCACGAGCAGGUUGAUUUUGAGCUGAAGGAUGUACUGGCUCGCUUCACGACGGAUGUGAUCGGGAUGUGUGCGUUCGGUAUCGAGUGUAACAGUAUGCGCAACCCGGACGCAGAGUUCCGUGUGAUGGGAAGGAAAAUAUUUUCCCGUCCAAGAGGAAAGGUGAAGAGUUUAGUGAUCAACUCCAUGCCUGGGCUGGCGAAGUUGAUCGGAUUGCGUACCCUAGAUCCGGAGGUGUCAGACUUCUUCAUGAAAGCGGUGCGUGACACAAUCAAGUACAGGGUGGAGAACAAUGUGCAGCGAAACGAUUUUAUGGACAUUCUUAUCCGGAUGCGAAGUGAUAAAGAGACUAAGUCGGACGACGGUACGCUAACGUUUAACGAAAUUGCUGCUCAAGCGUUUGUGUUCUUUUUGGCCGGGUUCGAGACAUCUUCAACCUUGUUGACGUUUACGCUGUACGAGCUGGCACUGAACCAGGAGGUGCAAGAUAAAGGUAGACGCUGUGUGAAGGAGGUGCUCGAGCGUCACAACGGAGAGUUGACGUAUGACGCUGUGAUGGAGAUGCACUAUUUGGACCAAAUACUGAAAGAGAGUCUUCGAAAAUAUCCACCAGUUCCGGUUCAUUUCCGGGAAACAUCCAAGGAGUACCAGGUACCGGGUACGAAGACAGUUCUCGCAGCGGGCACUUCCGUCAUGGUGCCCGUGUACGCAAUACACCGUGAUCCGGAACACUUUCCCGAUCCGGAACGCUUCGAUCCCGAUCGAUUCACACCGGAAGAGGAAGCAAAGCGUCAUCCGUACGCCUGGACACCGUUCGGGGAGGGUCCGCGGAUUUGUGUAGGACUACGGUUUGGAAUGAUGCAGGCACGGAUUGGCUUAGCGUACUUGCUAACCGGGUUCCGAUUUAAGCCAAGUGCAAAGACCAUUGUACCAAUGAAGUUGGAUAUCAAGAGUUUCAUCUUAUCACCGCAGGGCGGGUUGUGGUUGAAGGUGGAAAAGUUAAGCUCAUAAUGUUUAGAAUAGUUAUAAAGACUUUGCC